UAAUUUCAGCGACCCCACGUUGGUGUCAGCGACCACCCCGGGUGAUAUCGAUGAAUCAAUCGCUGCAACACAGUUCUUCUCAUCUCUUUCUGAAACCAAGCCGCAAUCUCAUAAUCACCUUGAUACAUUCCAGGUCUCAUAAUGUCCAUUGGCGUGGCCAUCAUAGGAAGCGGCAUUUUUGCCCGCGAGGAGCAUCUGCCUGCAGUGCAAGCAUCCGACAGCCUUCAACUCAAGGCCAUCUAUUCACGAUCACAAAAGUCCGCUCAAGACCUCGCAGUCGGAACCUCUGGCAUAGAUAUUUACUCUGAAGACUCUGGCUCCGGGAAGAGUUAUGCGGAUCUACUUGCUCGCCAGGACAUUGUAGCCGUCAUCAUAGCUCUCCCUAUACUGGCCCAGCCAGGAUUCAUCCAGAAAGCACUUGCAGCAGGAAAACAAGUUCUCUCUGAGAAACCGAUAGCCAAGGAUGUAGCUACAGCACAGGAUCUGGUGGCAUGGUACCAAGCCAAUACUGAUCCCUGCAAGACGCGUUGGGCUGUAGCAGAGAACUUUCGAUAUCUUGGAAAGUACAUUCGCUGCGCAGAAGAAGUGCGCAAGAUGGGCCGGGUGAAGAGUUUCCGGAUGAAUGUUCAGAAUAUGAUCAAGCCGGACUCGAAGUAUCAUAAGACGGAAUGGCGAAGGACACCCGAGUACAAGGGCGGUUUCGUUCUAGACGGUGGUGUUCACAUGGUUGCUGGUCUACGGCUGAUACUAGGCUCGAAUGACCCCCUGGCGACGAUCUCUGCACAGUCAUCUCUGCAGCAGGAACAUCUCGCUCCUGUUGACACAGUCGAUGCGGUGGCGAAGACCAGAUCGGGCGCGACAGGUGUUCUGUCUUUGUCAUAUGGAUCAGCAUUCAGCGAUUCGUUGUUCGAAUUUGCCUGUGAACGUGGUGUAGUGACCAUGCACUUUGACAAGAUCACAGCCAAUGGAGAGAGCCACGAGAUCCCGUUUGAGGGCAGAUGCGUCAAUCUGGAGGUUGCGGAGUUUGCUGCGUCUAUAGUCGAGGGAAGACCAGUCUCGAACCGACUCUCACCCGCAGAAGCAAUGGCAGAUCUUGAGAUUAUGGAGAAGAUGUUCGACAGCAGUGCACAGGACGGAGAGAGGAUGAAAUUAAGAUUCCAGGUUUAGCCAGCUCAGCAUGAUACAAUAACACUCCAUCUGCACUCCGUACCAUCUAAGCCUCCGCCCUAUACGUACCACUCCCGUAAGCUGAUUUCCGCCUCCGCCCGCAGAGGA